UGUGGCGUUGCGCCGUUUCCUGUGUGAGCGUGCUGCAGCAUGGCGGCGUGCAGCAGCAGCAGGGCUGUGAGGUCUAUUCUGUUAAACUGCGGGAAAUACAGCCGAACCCCGCGCCGGCCAGCACACAGCCUCAACCCGCAGCUGUUGUACAGGCAUGUAUGCCAGUCUGCAGCGGUGUGGGGGAAGAACCUGGCAGCAGCAGGUCCGGAGAAGUUCUCUGAAGAAUACAUUAAAAAGCAGAUUGAGGAGUUCAGCAUUGGCAAACGGCACCUGGCCAACAUGAUGGGAGAAGACCCAGAGACGUUCACUCAGGAGGAUAUCGACAGAAGCAUAGCCUAUCUCUUUCCCUCUGGCCUGUUUGAGAAACGAGCGAGACCCGUCAUGAAACAUCCAGACAUAAUAUUUCCGAAACAGUCAGCGAUUCAGUGGGGUGAAGAUGGACGACCUUUCAACUUUCUUUUCUACACAGGCAAACAAGCCUAUUACUCUCUAAUGCACGAGGUGUUUGGAAAAGUUCUGGCCAUCGAGAAACGUCAGGACCGUCUGAGAAAUGAAGAUACUACAGACAUCAAACAGAUAUCUCUGACUGGCAGCAGAUGGAUGCUGAAGGAGGAGCUGGAGGACCUGCUGGUUGAAACUAUGUCAGACCACGAUUACUCGCGCUUCCUCCAGCUGAUGGAGCGGCUGGUGGCCCUGCCCUACAGCAGUCUGGAGGAGGAGUUUGUGCAGCGAUUCCGUCAGCAGCUGGGGGUUCAGUCCAGUAAGCAGGAGAUCCCUGCUCUGCAACACGAUGAGAAAGGAGUAGCCUUCUGCCAGGCUAACGGCAGGAGAAAAACAGCCAGUGCCAGCAUCACACUCCGAGACUGCAGGUCUGGAAACAUCAUGGUCAAUGGGAAGAGCUACCUGCAGUAUUUCCCCAUUCUGCAGGACCGGGAGCAGCUGAUGUUCCCGCUGCACUUUGUAGGCAUGUUGGGCAGGUUUGACGUGGAGGCCCAUGUGGAGGGCGGCGGUCGCUCAGCCCAGGCUGGUGCUCUGAGGCUCGCCAUCUCGAGGGCACUGCUCAGCUUUGUGUCGUCUGGAGAGAUGGAGACCAUGAGGCAAGCUGGCUUGCUGACAUCAGACCCCAGAGUGAAGGAGAGGAAGAAGCCUGGCCAGGCUGGAGCUCGGAAGAAGUUCACCUGGAAAAAGCGUUGAGCAGCAGGGGCAGUGUGAUUUUGUGGUUCCAGAGCCCAGAGUAAAGGCCAAUUGAUAUUUCUGCGUCCAACCUAUGCAGUAUCAUAGAAGCAUACACAUACGUAUAAACCAGACUUAAAGAAGACUGGAAAAUUUCCUGCUACAUCCUCAGCAACAGCAACCAUUUAAUUUAUAUCCUGAUGCACUGUAUAAAACCCAUAAAUAAAUAAAAAUAAUACAAUCUGGUCUGAAUUACUUUGGUCAAACAUUGUAUGUGGCCCCAGAAAUAUAAAUGUAUGUCUCUACAUGCCUGUGUAUAAAGUAAUAUUCUCUAUUCCAAUAAAAAGCAAUGUUUUCAUAUA